UUCCACUAUAUAAGUGGAGCAACGUAAACGACUACUAUCACUACACAAAACAUCCGUCGACGUAAACCGUAAUGGCUUCUUUAACGUCUGCAUGCAAUUCCACCGCCCCGAGAACCGCCGCGUCAAUCUCCUCCGCCGCCGCCUUGCCAAAAUCCUCACACAUCCAUAUAACCUCCUCGAAACGUAACCAUCGUUUCGAAGUUUCAUGCAACGCCGCCGCAGACGGCGGCGCGUCCCAACCAAAGUUUGACAGAAGAGACGUCCUUCUUGGCUUGGGCGGCCUCUACGGCGCUGCAAGCCUGGUUGCCAACCCACCGGCAUCCGCCGCUCCCAUUCAAGCCCCGGAAUUCUCCAACUGCGUCGUCCCCGCCGCCGGUUUGCCCGCCGGCGCGGAUAUCCAAAACUGCUGCCCUCCCGUGCCGGCCUUCGUUAUCCCCUACCAACUUCCGCCGGUGAAUCCGUUUGCCUUAAAGAUCCGCCCGGCGGCUCACAAAUUGGACGCGGCGUACAUUGCGAAGUUUGAGAGAGCGAUCCAGCUGAUGAAGGAGCUGCCGGAGAACGACCCCCGCAACUUCUACCAACAAGCGAAAGUCCACUGCGCUUACUGCAACGGCGGCUAUGUCCAACCAGACUCCCCCAAUAAGGAGAUCCAAGUUCACAAUUCAUGGCUGUUCUUCCCUUUCCACAGAUGGUACAUGUACUUCUUCGAGAGAAUCAUGGGAAAAUUGCUGGGAGAUCCCACCUUCGCCUUGCCGUUCUGGAACUGGGAUUCGCCGGCCGGAAUGUAUAUGCCCUCCUAUGUCAACAACAUAUUCUCGCCGCUCUACGAUCAGAACCGCAACCAGUCUUUACUCACUCGCCUCAUGGACCUUGCUUUCUUCGGCCUGGACUUUCCUUUACCCGACCCACUCAGGAUUCAAUUCAACCUUUUCUUGAUGUACAAGACCAUGGUCAGCAACGGCGGAGCCGCCAUACUCUUCCAUGGACAACCUUACCGCGCCGGCGACGACCCGGGGCUCUUCCUACUCGGGGCCGGUUCUGUUGAGAAUAUUCCCCACGGAACAGUUCACCGGUGGACGGGGGAUUUAGCGAGAACACCCAACGGAGAGGACAUGGGGAACUUCUACUCCGCCGCUCGCGAUCCGUUGUUCUACUGCCACCACGCAAACGUGGACCGCAUGUGGACGAUUUGGCAGCAGCUCGGCGGCGCUGGGCGGAGAAGGGACUUUACUGACCCGGACUGGCUGGACGCCUCCUUCAUCUUCUACGACGAGAACGCCCAGGCCGUGCGGGUCCGGGUGGGGGACUCAUUGGAUAAUCAGAGAAUGGGGUAUAAAUACGCGUUUGAAAAUCUGCCAUGGCUGGAUUGCAAGCCGAUUCCGGCUAAGAAGAAGAAAGGAUUCGCCGCCUUGUCCGACGCGCCGCCCGUGGAGAGCGUGUUCCCGGUGACGCUGGACAAGGUGGUGAGAGUGAAGGUGCCCCGGCCGAGGAAGUCCCGGUGCAAGGAGGAGAAAGACGCGGAAGAAGAAAUCUUGCGGAUCGAAGGCAUUGAGGUUGCCGCCGACCAGUUUGCCAAGUUCGACGUGUUCGUGAACGACGAGGACGAGGAGCCGGCGUUGGAGAAACUGGCGGCGGAGUACGCCGGAAGUUUCGUCAACUUGCCGCAGAAUCACCACGGCACCGGGAAGAUCAAGACCAGUCUGUGCAUGGGGCUGAAUGAGGUGUUGGAAGACUUUGACUGUGAGGACGACGACGCCGUCGUGGUGACUCUGGUACCAAUGCCCUUCAGCGGCACCACCACCAUCAAAACCAUUAAGAUCAUCUACCAUUCUUAGAUCUAUUUGCAGAAAUCUGUCUAAAUCCCCAUUGCUUUCGGUGUGUGCUUGUUUUCUUUUCAAGCUUGCAUGUUGUACGUAAAAUUUGCAACCAAUCUAUCUAUAUAAAUAAAUAAAUAAAUAAAUAAA